AUGCACCUGCCCAGACUGAACAGACGGGGUUCCAUACUACCAGCACCGUCGCCUGGAGAAGAAACGCCGCUGCUUGCAAGAGAUGGACAGACUGAAAACCCCCAAGAGAGGGAUCAUGCACUCGAGUCCAUGCGUGACUGGUUCUCUGCGCCUUUGCGCCUGCUACGCUCAACAUCUCCCAAGAAUAGCUCCAAACCACCGGAAGGCAAACACAAUGCAGGAACGGAUGCCGCGAAACCUAGACCAGGUGCUUUCCCCCGACCGGUUGGUGGUACUAGCAAGCUUGGGACCUUUGCUGGUGUAUUCGUCCCCACUACGCUUAAUGUUCUCUCUAUUCUUAUGUUCCUAAGGUUUGGGUUCCUCCUAGGCCAAGCCGGUGUAGUAGGAAUGCUGGGCAUGCUCGUCGCUUGCUAUGCCAUAGACCUGAUCACGGUCUUCUCGAUCUCAGCGAUCGCAACGAAUGGCACCGUUCGGGGCGGAGGUGCCUAUUACCUGAUUUCGCGAUCAUUAGGACCUGAGUUUGGCGGCUCAAUAGGAAUUGUGUUCUACCUGGGUCUAGUUUUCAACACGAGCAUGAACGCCGUCGGUCUCAUAGACUGUUUCAUAGAGAACUUCGGUGUUGAGACUGGCAGCUGGUUUCCUUUGAUGCUGGAAGGCUUCAGAUGGCAGUUCUUAGAUCUCAAGCAUCCAUCCAAGGCUAUUCCGAAGGGCACUCUCUAUGGCCUGGGUUUGACGUUUGUGUUCUAUACAGUCGUGAUUUUGUCCAUGGCUGCGACAAUCACGCGUGAAUCGUUCAUCAACAACACCAAUGUUAUACAGCUGACCAACAUCUCCGGCAUCGUUAUCCUUUUGGGCGAGUUUGCAACGUCAUCGUUCUCGGUUCUGAUGGGUGUCAUCGGCUCAGCGAAGCUACUACAAGCACUUGCUCGCGAUCACCUCCUCCCCGGCCUCUCGAUCUUCGGCCAGGGCACAGCAAAAUCCGACGAUCCAACCUACGCUAUUAUGAUUACCUAUCUGUUGGCUCAACUUACUAUGCUCGCGGAUAUCAACCAGAUCGCUUCUUUCGUUACCAUGACUUAUCUGAUGACGUUCCUGGUCACGAAUCUGGCAACGUUCGCCCUGAAGAUCGGGAGUGCGCCGAAUUUCCGCCCAUCCUUCCAAUUCUUCAACUGGCAGACGGCGGCUACCGGUGCAAUCGUCUCCGGCGCAACCAUGUUCUUCGUGGACGGCGUGUAUGCGUCGGGAUGUGUUGCCUUGUUGAUAGUCGUUUUCUUACUCAUUCACUAUACGACGCCUCCGAAACCCUGGGGAGAUGUCUCGCAAAGUUUAAUUUACCACCAGGUGCGGAAGUACCUACUCCGACUACGGCAGGAGCACGUCAAGUUCUGGAGACCCCAAAUCCUGCUGCUGGUUAACGACCCAAGACGACAGUACAAGCUCAUCCAAUUUUGCAAUUCGUUAAAGAAAGGAGGUCUCUUCGUGCUCGGUCAUGUCAUUAUCUCACAAGACUUUGGUGCAGCUGUACCUGAAGCACGCCGACAACAGCAGUCGUGGACUAAAUACAUCGACUUUUCGAAGAUCAAGGCAUUCGUAAAUAUUACCAUAUCGCCCAUGGUCGAGUGGGGUGCAAGGAAUCUGGUGCUAAGUGCUGGUCUCGGUGGCAUGAGGCCCAAUGUCGUUGUCAUGGGUUUCUACAAUUUGGGUGAACUCCGCCAGUCCAAGCCACUUAUCGAUAUCCCCUCGCCGCAGCCAUCGCGGCCUGUUAGCAAGGCCGCGAAUCGUCCCUUGUCUCGGCAAGCCAUCCAGGCCCUUGCCAGGCAAAACCAAACCACGGAUGAGCUAUUUAGAAUACUACCGACUGAUGCUAUGAAACCCGAAAACUCUAUAGGAAUCCAAAACUAUGUCACGAUCGUGGAGGAUCUCGUACUACGCCUCCAGAUCAACGUGGCCCUUGCAAAGGGUUUCCAAGAACUGGAGGUGCCGACACCGAAGCCUACGAAGGGACGGCAACUGUUAAGUACACUCAGGCUGGCGGAUGACGAGGAAGCUGAGCCGACCAAGAAAUAUAUUGACCUGUGGCCCAUUCAGAUGUCGGCAGAAAUUGCUACCGCAGGCGAUGAUCCUUCCAGAAAGAACGUCCUUACCACGAAUUUUGACACGUAUACUCUCAUCCUUCAGCUCGGGUGUAUCUUGCACACGGUGCCGUCGUGGAAGCGGACAUACAAACUCCGAGUCGCCGUGUUUGUUGAGUACGAAACUGAUGUCGAGGAAGAACGUGGGCGGGUAACCACUCUCCUGAAGAACCUACGCAUUGAGGCAGAGGUACUCGUGUUCUGGCUAGCGAGUGGUAGUCUUAAGAUGUACGAGGUCAUUGUCAACGGCAAGAAUGAUAGCGAUUUCGCGGAAGCUGCGCAAGAUGUUGACGAUACCUUGGAGGAUGAAGCGUGGUGGAGAGACAUCCAGGGACUACGAAAGCCACAAAGUUUCACCGCCAGCCAAGAACUGGCUCAGGUCGACGAUCUGUUAGAGGCUGUUGUUAAUUGGCCGACUUCGUCAUUCCAACACGGGAGAAAGGAAUCGAAACCGAAGCGGUUCGCGGAGCUGAAGAAGCUACUACGUCGCGCGAAGCGGAAGGCCUCUGUGAGCGACGUUGGUAGGACUGGUGCCACCAUUGGUAUCCGUGCGCAGCGGUUGCCCGCGGAGCUACUGUCAAACAGCGACAGCGAGCAAUCUACGAGCUCGUCCGAUGGGGACGAUGUUAAGUACGAGGAAGAAGCUGUUGAUACUGGAAGUUCUGUCGGGAUGAGCAAUGACCUUGAUGAGUAUGACUUGGACGCUUCUGACAGUGAUGACGAAGGCCGUCCAUCAGGUCUGCUACAACGGGCUCCGACCACGACUGCAGUCAGAGGCCUUCCAUUCAUCACCCAAAAGCUUGGUAUACGGAAAGCUCUCUGGAAGGCACCAUCUCAGGAGGAACGCCCCACGGCAGACUCAGUGACCCCGUUAAGGCCACAUCCUGAUGCCACGACUUCCGAUACGGCACUACCAACGACGAGCAAAUUGGAUGAGAAUUCAUUUAACAGACGCACAUCUUCUCCACGAACCCAGCCUGUCAACGUACGGCCGCCACCAAUUCGACACCAAUCCCUCCCGAAGUUCACGUCCAAGCCAACCCCAAGAACAGCCGUCGCCCCCGAAGAGACCGCCGGACCCUCCAUCAUGUUCGUCGACACUCCCUCGCCGUCCGCCGCCCGAAAGAAAGACCCCAUCGCCUCCGCCAUGGCAUCCUCGCAGCCCAGCUCACCCUCAUCCUCUACACCACCUCGCUCAACCCUCCCACCAGCCGUAGCCCCGCAGCCACAAGCCUCAGGCUACCCCCUCCACCAAGCCAUCCCCCUCUCCUUCAACGACCUCCCGUGCCGAGCCCAGCAUCUCAUCCUCAACGAGUUGAUCCGUCAGCACUCGGACGACACGGCGGUAGUGUUCACGACGCUGCCGAGUCCCGUGGAGGGCACGAGCGAGAGCGAGGCGGAGAGCGUGAAGUACAUCAGUGAUUUGGAGGUGCUGUGUCAGGGCUUGCCGCCGUGUUUGUUGGUGCAUAGUAACAGUAUGACUGUGACGAUGAACCUGUGA